AUGUCAGCAGUACAAUUGAAAGAACAAGGAAAUAAGGCAUUUAUAUCUAAAGAAUACAAAAAAGCCAUUGAUUUAUAUACAUCGGCAAUAACAAUAGAUCAAUUCAAUCCAAUUUUAUAUUCAAAUCGAGCUCAAUGUUUUAUAAAUCUUCAAAAUUAUCAAUCUGCAUAUACCGAUUGUAUUAAAGGAUUAGAUCUUUCACAUAAUAAUACUAAUAAUAAUGCCAAUAUUCCAGUUUUAAUUAAAUUGAAUUUUCGUAAAGGUAUAGCAUUAAAAGGAUUAAAAAAAUAUAAAUCAGCUAAAGAAUCAUUUGAAUCAGUUUUAAAAUUAGAUCCAAGUAAUAAUCCAGCAAUUUUAGAAAUUAAAAAUUUAUCAAGUAUUCAAGAAAAUAAUUUAAUGGAUAUUGAUAUAAAUAUACCAAUUGAAGAAGUUGAUGAAUUACCUGAAUUUUUUUCAAAAAUUUUAAAACCAUCUCAAGAUAAUCCAGUAACUGAAUUGAAAACAAAUUCAUCUACACUUGAUAAAGAAAUUAAUGAAUUAUUUGGAUCUAAAAAGAUUAAAGAACCAGAAAAUGAAUCCAUAAAUAAACCUAUUGAUCAAACUCCUAAUGUUGAAUUGAAUGAAAAACUGCCAAUGCAUUUUUUAACUGCACUUAAACAAUUACCAGAUAAUAAGAAAAGUAAUGGCUAUAAAUAUGUCUUGAACCUAGAUUCUGAUUCAUAUCAAACAAUAUUUGAAUCAGGUAUUGAUACUGAGUUUUUACUGUUCUUUUUAGAUGCGGUUAAUUAUGCCUCUACUCAAAAUGAUAUACCUAACUGGAACACUUUAAUCUUGAAUCAUUUCAAACAAUUUUCCACUUUUAAACGAUAUGAUCUUGCAAUGUUAAUGUGUGAUGAUUCGGUUAAAAAGAGUAUAUUACACAAUGUUGAACAAAAACACCCUGAAGAUUUAGCAAACUAUAGAAAGUAUAUAGAAUAA